GAGAUCUGUAUGGAUGAAUGAUUUAUUGAUAUUGAAAUAAUCUGAGGCGAUGGAAUGAAGCCCUCAUUCAACGAUACCAUGACAAGUCGAUAAAAGCCAAAUGCCAAGUGUCCAAGAAGCACCUCAUAGUUAUACCCAGAAGAGGCAGUUGAUGUCUACGGGUCGACACUGGUAUUAUGAAACUUUGUACCCAGAUAUACAGUUACGUACUUGCCAUAUACAACAGCGUUAAGGCAAAACGGAAUAACGGAUAUAUUCAACGUCAAAGCAGUAAUAACUUGGAAGUACUUGAAGCUAGUGUGGUGCGACGCACAUAGACCGAGUUAUUGCGUCUGGUAGCCCGCUGUUACAUGCACGUAUAAAUACAUUAUGCUGAGGAGGUGGAGUGGGAGAUGAGAACACGAUACUAGACCUUCAGAAUUUCCGGAAUCCACCGACAGUGCGGCGUUGCCCUUUGCCCAGGGCACCUGGACCAUUUACGUGGACCAUUUACUAUCAUUAACUGUGAGUGUAUUCCUAAAUUGUGUGAAUUUAUGUGUGUCAUUGUCAUCAUCACCAAUGACAUCCGAUGAAGAAUCGUUCCCAACCGCAUCAAUAAUGAGUUCAUCAGGAGAUCCUUCCAUCAGUUUUGACCACCGAUCAUUGCCAUAAGUCAUCAGAUCAGCAAGCAGGGCUGUCUCAACAGCAGAAUUCCAUAGAUCAAUGAUCAAUUCAGUUCAGCAUAUGAAUCUGUUGCAAGCAAUCACAACGAAUCGAUCAGAAAUGUGUGAAUCCUGAUCGCAACAACAGUCCGACCCAAAUCGACGGAUUGAGAGAUGCUGGAAAUCUUUCCAAUACCAUCAGCACCUCCAACUUCCUGAAUGGGUGCCUGCAGCUGUCGUCCACGUGACAGUCAGGUGAACGCUGGUUCGAUCCUCGACCGCGUCAUCAGCCAGGCCAGCGACGAGGAUCAAUGCUUGCUUUAUCGUCUAGCGAACUAUAAGAAAGGAGGUGAAUUAAUCGACGCUUACAACCGAGGUGGACAGUCAGCAGUGGAGAGACUGAUCAAAGAACAGUUCGGCAUCCUGAUGUACGCCGAUGGCAAGGGACAGGUGAUCAACCGAGCAGAGUACCUGCGCUGGAAAUUCCGGGAUAUCGAGCAAGUAGUUCUUCCCAUCGAGGCAUCCCUGAGCCGUUUUGACCCACUGGCCCAAUGGAACGAUCACGAAGCCUGCUGGCAGAUGCAGUACAGAGGAUCCCUCGGCGAGACCCUCCUGCACGUCCUCAUAAUAUGCGAUACAAGGAGUCACACGAGAAUAGCGCGAAUUCUUCUGAAGUCCUUUCCAAGGUUGGCAAUUGAUGUUGUCGAGGGUGAGGAGUAUCUCGGUGCUGGUGCUCUUCAUCUGGCCAUUGCAUACAACAAUAACGAACUAGUACAGGAUCUCGUCGAAGCCGGUGCUAUUGUAUCGCAGAGAGCUAUCGGUAGCUUCUUCCUUCCCAAAGAUCAGCAGGGCAACACACCAGUCAGAAGCACCGAUUACGAAGGACUCGCUUAUCUCGGCGAGUAUCCACUUGCCUGGGCAGCUUGCUGUGCUAAUGAGAGUGUUUACAAUCUUCUUCUUGACUCCGGUGCUGAUCCGGACGAUCAGGAUUCAUUUGGGAACAUGAUCCUUCAUAUGGUCGUUGUUGGGGACAAACUGGACAUGUUCGGAUAUGCCCUGCGUCAUCCAAAAUUUCCAGCACGAAAUGGAAUCGCCAACAAUGCUGGAUUUACGCCGCUAACACUCGCCUGUCAGCUAGGACGUGCCGAGGUAUUCCGUGAAAUGCUAGAGCUAUCUGCACGCGAGUUUUGGAGAUACAGCAACAUCACGUGCUCUGCGUAUCCGCUCAAUGCACUGGAUACACUUCUCCCUGAUGGCAGAACGAAUUGGAAUUCAGCGCUAUUCAUUAUCCUGAAUGGCACCAAGGAGGAGCACUUGGACAUGCUGGACGGUGGUAUUAUUCAGCGUCUUCUGGAGGAAAAAUGGAAGACCUUUGCUAGAUUGCAGUUUCUCAAGCGUCUUAUCAUUCUCGUAUUUCAUCUGACAACUCUGUCACUCGCUGUAUAUCAACGUCCAGCUGAGAUGGAUGCUGAAUUGAUGGCGUGGCCAGAGGAGUUGACGGAUGUUGGCAGGACAAUUGCCGAGUGUGUCACUGUACUCGGUGUUGUUGGAUAUAUUCUUCUGCAGUUGGGGGGUGAAAUUGUCAACAUCGGGCCGAUAUCGUUUCUCAAACAAUUGACACACGAACCAGCCAAGUUUAUAUUUGUAAUCAGCAAUCUACUUAUCCUGGCUUGUAUACCGUGUCGUUUAGCUGGUAAUCGACACGCUGAGGAUGCCAUUCUCGUGGUGGCUGUACCUGGCUCAUGGUUUCUACUUAUGUUCUUCGCUGGGGCGGUGAGGCUUACAGGGCCCUUCGUCACAAUGGUUUACAGCAUGAUAACUGGAGACAUGCUCACCUUCGGCAUCAUCUACAUGGUUGUUCUGUUUGGAUUCUCCCAGUCCUUCCAUUUUCUCUACAAGGGCUUUCCCAGGGUUCAAUCCAGCCUCUACCACUCAUAUCACUCCACCUGGAUGGCUUUGUUUCAAAUCACCCUGGGGGAUUACAGCUAUGGCGAUUUGAGUGAUACGGCCUACCCGAAUUUGAGCAAAACUGUGUUCGCAAUAUUUAUGGUUCUUGUGCCCAUUCUUCUCCUCAACAUGUUGAUAGCCAUGAUGGGUAACACAUAUGCGCACGUAAUCGAGCAAAGUGAGAAGGAAUUCGUGAAACAAUGGGCGAAAAUAGUGGUAUCACUGGAGCGCGCAGUAUCGCAGAAAGACGCCCACAAUUAUCUUCAAGAGUACAGCAUAAAGUUGGGUCCGGGCGAUGACCCGAAUAAUCCAGCCUCCGAGCAACGAGGUGUCAUGGUGAUAAAGAGCAAAUCCAAGACUAGGGCAAGACAGAGAAAAGGUGCUGUCGCUAAUUGGAAGAGAGUUGGCAAAGUCACAAUAGCAGAAUUGAAGAAGAGGGGAAUGAGUGGGGAGGAACUCAGGUGCAUUAUGUGGGGCAGAGCGUCCAUUUCUACUCCAGUGAGGCGAAGUCCUCACAUGGCUGAGCCAGAAAUCUCAGCGUCAGCGGGCGUGACCGGUGGCUUUGGUGAUGCUCUCACAGCAGCACUAGAUGUAAUGGCCUUUGCCCACGACAUUGACCUGGCCAGUGCUACCGAGGGAAUACCAACUACAGAUGCUGCAUCAAAAGCAAAGGCACAACAGGCCAAACUACCAACGUCCACCUCAACAACUACAAAUCAAACCAAUACUCAAGUGCAGUCUUGUGAUACAAAUCAUAGAAUCGAGGGCCAGGCAGCUGUUGCUAAAGUUGAAAAACCAAUAGCGGAGGAUAUUGUUAGGCCUGUAAUUAAUUCAAAUAAAGAAAAGUGUGAAAAACUGGAUCCUCUGUUGAACCUGGUGAUUGCCUCGGAGUCCCCGGACUCACACAAGGAGCAACUGCUCAAAAUGGCUGAAGAGGCGAGAAUCGCCAGUGAGCCCAGGGUGGCCAUUGAUUCGCAAAUACUUGAGACUUUCGGCCUCGGUAAUUUUAUCGCCCCAGGGGACAAUAACCAGCUGGAGACCAAGGAGAGGAAGUACAUGGCUGAAUCCAGCGACAAUGACAUAUGUGGCAACUCAAAUCUCUUGGGGGCAGAAUCCCGUCUACGUCGGAUUCGUUCAGCGAGUCUGCGUUACUCCUCAUCAGCCCGCCAUCGCCGUUCAAGUCGCGGUGUUACCCUAGAAUCCUCCUCAUCCACCGACGAACAGGCGUAUCCCUCUCACCUCUCGACGAAGCCACCCACUCCACCCCACGUCAAUGGAUAUCUAGAGCUCCAGCAGACGCCAGACAACAAAACUAAUCCGGAUGAUUCCAGGCAAAAUGAGAAGAAUGGGGAGCAACGUAUCAAUAAGAAUCACAAGCGUCGCCCCAAAACCGCCAAGAACAGGGUUGUACCAUCCGAAGUAAUAACCGAUGUCCAUGAAAUGAAUAGUAAGAAAAAUGGGAAUAUAACGCCACCAUCGCCAACAGAUCCACUUGAGCCAUGGAGUACUCGCGGCAUCAGCGAUAUGAAUACACUAUUAGCAUGGCGGGAGAAUGGGUUGGAUAGCCCUUGAUGGAAAAAUAUUCUCCACUGAUUUCAAUUUAAUGAAAAUUGUGUGAAAAUCAACUUGUCUUUUUACUAUUGUACGCUGAAAACCGAGUUGACGGUGUCGAGUUGAAGACUCGUGGAUUACGAAUGAAUAAUGGCUGGGAAGACGGAAACGGUUGUGAAUGCACUACUUUCUGUCAAAUUAUUGUAUGAAAAUAAUUUGUAGGACAUAA